CUUCCUUGCUGUACAGAUUCCCGUUCUUCUUGGCACGUGGCUAUCUGCACCAGCCCGGGGAUAUGCCGACACCGCUGCAACAUCACCGUGCUCUGUGGCAACAAAUUGGACCAAAGAUCUUAACGCUCUGGCCAACGUUAUACUGCGACCAACGACACCUUGCGGCCCCGGCACAUCAACGGCGUCAACCGAACUUAUAAAAGCCUGCAGUCCCAACGACUUCUUCAGUGGGCAGGAAAGAGCGACUACCAUGCGCACGCUUGACAAUCCGUUCUGCUUCCUUGCUGUACAGAUUCCCGUUCUUCUUGGCACGUGGCUAUCUGCACCAGCCCGGGGAUAUGCCGACACCGCUGCAACAUCACCGUGCUCUGUGGCAACAAAUUGGACCAAAGAUCUUAACGCUCUGGCCAACGUUAUACUGCGACCAACGACACCUUGCGGCCCCGGCACAUCAACGGCGUCAACCGAACUUAUAAAAGCCUGCAGUCCCAACGACUUCUUCAGUGGGCAGGAAAGAGCGACUACCAUGCGCACGCUUGACAAUCCGUUCUGCUUCCUUGCUGUACAGAUUCCCGUUCUUCUUGGCACGUGGCUAUCUGCACCAGCCCGGGGAUAUGCCGACACCGCUGCAACAUCACCGUGCUCUGUGGCAACAAAUUGGACCAAAGAUCUUAACGCUCUGGCCAACGUUAUACUGCGACCAACGACACCUUGCGGCCCCGGCACAUCAACGGCGUCAACCGAACUUAUAAAAGCCUGCAGUCCCAACGACUUCUUCAGUGGGCAGGAAAGAGCGACUACCAUGCGCACGCUUGACAAUCCGUUCUGCUUCCUUGCUGUACAGAUUCCCGUUCUUCUUGGCACGUGGCUAUCUGCACCAGCCCGGGGAUAUGCCGACACCGCUGCAACAUCACCGUGCUCUGUGGCAACAAAUUGGACCAAAGAUCUUAACGCUCUGGCCAACGUUAUACUGCGACCAACGACACCUUGCGGCCCCGGCACAUUAACGGCGUCAACCGAACUUAUAAAAGCCUGCAGUCCCAACGACUUCUUCAGUGGGCAGGAAAGAGCGACUACCAUGCGCACGCUUGACAAUCCGUUCUGCUUCCUUGCUGUACAGGUUGGUGACUGCCCUUCCUUGCACGCUAAACGUACCAGCAAUAUUUGUACGCUGCUCUUCCCCUGCCCACAAGUGUUAGUUUCUACAGUAUGUGAUUGUAUUCAUGUUGUUAAACUUUUGAUGUUAGCAGGCGACAUUGAGUCAAACCCGGGACCAACUGAUACUAAUCCAAAUGCCGAUGUGCUAGCUGCUAUCACUGCCCUGUCUGAAAAAUCGGAUGCCCGUCACAUUGAGUUGAUGGAUACUUUAACACAGCUUAAGGCGAACCAAGUUGAGCUAGAGCAGAAAGUAUGCGACCUUACUAACAGGCUUGCGGCUGUCGAAUCCCAGGUACUGUCGCUGGACAGUGAACGUGUUCCUGCGCUCAACGAUGCCAUAUCCGAAGCAGUUCGUGCGGAGUCAGGUGCAAUGAAUUCACGGCUAGACGAUCUCGAGGAUCGCUCCCGUCGAGAUAACCUGAUUUUUUUCGGUAUCCCGGACACUAGCUCUGAAACAUGGGCAGAAUCUGAAGAACACGUUCGAAAAAUUCUUUCAGAAAAACUGGAUCUAUCUUUUCCCGACGAAAGUAUUCAUCGUGCUCAUAGACUGGGCUCGUACGUCUCGGAGAAAUGUCGACCCAUUAUAGUUAAAUUCGGUUCUCCCAAAUUAAGAGACAAGAUUAUAUCGCAGCGUACGAAGUUCAAAAAUUCCAAAGUAUCAUUCAGUGAAGACUUCUCUCGCGCCACACGCCAGUCGCGCAAAAAGUUGGCUGAUUUCGGUAAGGCUUCGGGAGAGAAGUAUCUCUUGCGAUUGAACCGAUUGUUCAUCAAGAAAAAGUGCUACGUCUAUUGUUCAUCCACCGACCGUGUUUGUGAAGUAGAUAUUGCCGAAAAUCGUUCCAGUGAGAACAGAGGCACAUCUGUUUCGGCUUCCACGAAUACUGUCGGGAGUACCUCGUUCGCCGCUAGUAGUUCAUCGCUGUAGCUAUCUGCUCGCCCGGUGGCUAAACCAAUUUCCUUCCUUUUUACCAAUGUGCGCAGUGUGCGUAAUAAACGUGAUGACCUGUCUUCAGCCAUUGACUCGUGUUCAGCUGACGUUGUUAUCUUAACUGAAACUUGGCUCUCGAGUGAUAUUGCAGACCAUGAAAUCUUUCAAUGUGAAAAAGCUUUCACACUUUUUCGCUGUGAUCGUGUCUCGCGUACUGGUGGCGGAGUGUUGAUCGCCGUACGUGACGGCUUGAGUUGUUGUGUUAUAGAUAUUGCUACUCGUUUGGAAAUCGUGUGUACGCGAGUCACUCUCGGAUAUCGUGAUUUUAUUUUUUGUGUGUGCUAUCGCCCACCCAGUUCGCCCUUAACAUUUCAUUCAGAUCUACAUGAUGUAUUAAAUGAGUUAAUUGUCCGGUUCCCCUCAUGUCCACUCUUCCUUCUUGGUGAUUUCAAUUUUCCAGCAAUUAACUGGCAUGAAUCUCCUCCCUCAUCUGACUGCUCAUCUGAGUGCUCUCUCUUCAUCAACCUCUGUAUGGAUUUUAAUUUUAAGCAACUUGUCCUUCAGCCUACACGAUCUACUGACCAAUCUGCUAACAUUCUUGACCUCCUUCUCACUACUACACCGCGGCUUGUUUCAUGUUUAAGAUAUUUACCUGGUUUGAGUGAUCAUUGCCUCAUUUAUUUUGAAUUGCGCAUAUCUGUUCCCGCUACCAAAACCCCAAAAGUUAUCCGAGACUAUAAAAAUGCUGACUUUGAAUCUAUAAACAGCGAACUAAUGGAUUUUGUCACUGACUUCAUUCCAAGUGUCCACACGCGCAACAUUGAUGAAAAUUGGACCUUAUUCAAAGAUAAAGUCAAUUUUUUAAUUAAUGAAUUCAUCCCUCAGAAACGCAUUAUAUCUAACUCUCAUGCCCCGUGGUUUAACGCGCGUCUGCGGCGCCUACUGAACAAGAAAAAAAGGCUAUUCCGGCGGGCCAAAGCAACUCAAACGGCCGAACGCUGGCACGCUUACGCCACCGCUGAGACGGAUUAUAAACAAACUUCGUAUGAAGUAAAGCAAAAUUUCUACCAGCACACGCUCCCGCUCCUUCUUAGAGAUAAUCCGAGGAAAUUUUGGAAUGUGGUCAGCGGGAAUAAGCCGAAUACAAUAGAUCUUUGCGAUAAUCACAACACUCCAAUACACCAGACCGAUUGCU